CAGAGGCGGUGGCCCGGCUCCCGGAGGCUGUCGCGGAGCUCCCCCGGGGUCCCCGGGAAGGGGCGAGGGCUCACCGAUGUGCGUGAGGAGGUGCCUGGUGGGCCUCACCUUUUGUACCUGCUACCUGGCUUCUUACCUCACGAACAAGUAUGUCCUGUCUGUCUUGAAAUUUACCUACCCUACAUUAUUCCAAGGGUGGCAGACAUUAAUUGGUGGACUUUUGCUUCAUGUAUCAUGGAAACUGGGCUGGGCCGAGAUCAACAGCAGUUUAAGAUCUGAUGUUUCAACGUGGCUUCCUGCUUCGGUGCUGUUUGUGGGUAUAAUCUAUGCUGGUUCCAGAGCAUUAUCCAAACUGGCCAUUCCUGUGUUUCUCACUUUGCAUAAUGUAGCUGAAGUUAUCCUCUGUGGGCACCAGAAGUGUUUUCGGAAAGAGAAAACUCCUCCUGCAAAGACCUGUAGGUAA